AUGGCAGAGAAUGCCGACAGUCCAGUACCGGAUAGUCAGGUAUCCUCGUGCAUUGGUUCGAGCACAGCGGAAAAAAAGAUGGAUACUUGUCCAGAAAAUAAGGUAAUCAAGGAAAAACAAAAGGAACCGGUUGCCAACUUAAAAUCUGGCGAGCUGCCGAAGUUGCAAGAAAGACAAGAUGAUAAUGUAGCUGCAAAUAAAACAAUGCAAAAAGAAAUCGACAAUACAUUAAUGUCCUUGGAAAAGAAAAGGCUCGAAGAAGGACUUCAGAAAAAUGUGCCCCAAAAAAAAAGGACCGUUUUUAAGAAGGACAAUAAGGACUCAAUUGAUAUACAGCAGCAGCAACUUAAAAAGGAACUUGCUUUAAAUGCGAAAGACGAUAUAGCCAAAACACAAUCUUAUACGAAGAUAGAAAAGGCAUCAAGGGAAAAGACCAAUCAGGAUGCAUCCGAUACAGUCGGCCUUAAAGCCAAAGGAAUCGUGAAAGCCCAAAAGAAAAAACUAAAUGCAUCUUAUCCGGUACAAAAGUCAACCGAGCAAGGCAUGGUCGAUAGUAAAAUUUCAAAUCCUUUUAAGACUAAGGACAGACAGGAGAAAAUGCCUAAGCAAAAGGAAGAUAAAGCAUCGGUAUCGAAGGAUCCCAAGGAACUUGGCAAACAAAGGCCUUGCGUGACUGUUAAAAAGGAUAUAGACAAAAAAGAUGAAAGCAACAAGAAUGACAAAUCAAAUAUAAAAGAGAAGUCCGACGCCAAGAAUACCAACAUUAAAAGAGAAAUGGAAAUACCAACGCACCCGAUGAACAUAGUGCCAGGCUCUGAAGUAGAUGUGAUCAAUGGUGGUCAAGAGAAAAAACUGGGUGAGCUACAGAGGACGACUCAGCGAAAAAGUGUCGUUGAUACGAAGCUUAGCCAUUCUAAAUAUAUGAAACACAAACAUCCUCAACUACAGAAAGAUGUUAUUCCAGCUUCACAAGAGCAAGAUAUGUCAUCGCUAACCGAAGACAGGGAGGAACUAGAUGAAAACAGAUCUUAUUCGACCUUCAAGAAGGAUGCAUGCAAUAAAAUGCCAGCUGAUAAGCGAGGUGUGGCAGUCCACAUAUUAGAAAUGCAAGCACAAAUUGUUGAUACAAAAGAGCAGGAAAAAGAAAGGGAAAUUUCGCAAAGGACCAACAUAAAUUUACUUCACUCUGAAAAUAUUAUUGUUCCAGAUUCUGAAGAGAAAAAGUUGUGUGGAACAGAUCUGCCACCAAAAACAUCUGAGUCUACCAGUCUACAAGAAGAUCAAUCACCAAAAUAUAAAGAGCAAGACACCAAGAUAUCUUUACUACCCUCUCUAAAAUGUGUUGCUCCAGGUUCUCAAGAGAAAUCAGAUCCGUCACCAAAGACAACUGAGCAAAACAAAGUUGAUAGUUCAAACCCUUCUAAUAAAAAAGAUGAGAAACACAAAGAUCCCACUCAGCUUGACGAAAUAAAGACCUGCCCGACUCCUGAAAUGGAUGCAGAUAAGAAAGAGACGAUCGACAAAGGCGAACUAUCAGACGGCGUUUCAAAAAAUAAAGAAAAGAAGAAAGAUAAGAAGAAAGACAAGAAGAAAGACAAAAAGAAAGAUAAGGACAAGAAAAAAGAAAAAGAAAAAUUAGAUAAGCCCAUGAAAUUUGUGCCCAGCUCUCAAGAGGAGAAUAAAGUAGUGAUAACAGCCCUCAAAAAGGAUGCAGACGAAAAUAAGAUGAGUGUUAAACUACCUUUAUCAGAUGAUAAAUCAAAGACAGCGGAGCAAAUGAAAGAUGAUGCAAUUGAACAGAAAAGGGAGAAUUCAAAUAAUACCAAGAAGUCUGUACAAGAUUGUAAGGAUGUUAACCCCAAAUCUCUAGAGAACAUAGUCGAUGGUAAAAAUGUACAACCCGUAAAGCCUGAUAUAGAAUCAAACGUUCUUCAGCCUCAAGAAACCCAACAAACCUAUUCAUCAUCAACGAAAGUUCACAAGCAGAUCGAACAAAAACCUUCCCCGUCCAUUACAAAGAAUUCAGACAAGAAAGAGCCUAGUGUCAACGAACUUACAUCACAUAUUAGGCCAAAGACUACUGAAAAGAAUGCAGCUGUUAUCAAAGAGCAGAAAAAAGUAUGGGAAAUUUCGCAAGGCACCAAGAUUUCUUUACUACACUCAGAGAAAAUGCUCAUACAAAAUAUUCGGUAUUGUCCAUCACAGGUAAUAAAAUUUAAAUCAGAUCCGUCACCAAAGACAACUGAGCAAGACAUAGCCGAUGGUAAAAAUGCAGAACCUGAAAAACUUGAUAAAAAACAAAAAAAAGUGAAAUAUCUUUAA